AUGCGUGUAUCGUACAUCCCAGCUGUGGCGGCAGUCUUUCUGUUGGCCCGAAGUGACACCUUCGUAGCAGCGUCUGAGUCCGGGAAGACAUUGACGUCGGAGGCGACUCCACCAGCCUUGCCCAGCCGCCUCCUUGUCGCACGCAGGAGGAAAGCCUACGGAGAAACCGGUGAAGAUGACAGCACGUCUGAUAGCACGUCUGACAACAGCGCGGAGGACCCGAAAGUCAAAAAAAUAUCUGAGAUAUGA